GCCUUUUGUCUUUUCCUUUAUCCUCCCUUUUUUUCUUUCUAGCAACGACCAUGUCGACCUAUUCUGACUUUUUUUCUUCUGGCCUUCUCGCACCUUACCAGGGCAUCGCGGGCAGUCCAGCUCCUCCCUCGUCUCCUGUUCCACUUCCAUCUAGCCCUGUUGAUCCAAUCGACCGUAGCAUGAACCUAACACCCACACCAAGCAGCUCUGUGUUUCCCAGUUCGUACGACUCAAAUGCUACCAGCAUGAGCAAUGGGAUAUUUACGAUCAACACGAACUCUGCUGUGGGCACUGAACGUCCUCGAUUGCGCAAACGUCGCAGCAGCCUAACUGUCGGCGCAGGCCCCAUGGCACAUAUCAAAUCGCCAUCACGCAGUGCCACAAGUGCAUUCCAGCGCACCGGCAUUCUCUCACCAAGUCGUAGUCGCAGUGGUAGCUUGAACGAGGGGGGUGAUGGUAUGGGUUAUUCCAUCGGCGUCGCCAAUGAGGGUAGCAGCCUCGUAGGUAGACUUAGGAGUGGUAGCUUGAGUUUUGGUGGAGCUUUGCGAUCGCGUCGAGUUCUUCGUAAAGCAACACCGGCGGCUCCUCCUCCGACCGCUCCCUUGCCCGAGUUGCCAGCGGUGUCGACCUCCGGAAACAUGCAACCCAUCCGUCGCCCGUUGGCCCAUCGCUUCUAUUCUGUUGACAAUUACACGCCUAGCACACUCCCAUCGCCUUCUCUGCUCAGCCCAGAUUUUGCUAGCAAGUUGGCGAUGGCGAUGAAUACACCUCCUUCGUUAAGCCCGAUGGAUAGACCAGUUGAUAGUGCCUAUUUUACUCGCGUCAACGAAUCCGAUGAAGUAAUGAAGGAAAACUGAGUAUUGAUGUGCUUACAUGACUUCGUAAAGCAAAAUUCUCGCGGCGCUGGAUUCGCUGUGUUUUUCGCACCGUGCUUCUUUAUGUUUUUCUUUCUGCACAUUUAUGAUAUAUUUCUUAGCCUAAUAUUCACAGCCAUUGCUGCAUCUUCCGUCUUUUCCCCUAUGAACCAUGUAGAGUUUCUGCAGACACGAACCCUAUUUUCGGAUAUCCCGAAAAUAUGACUGUUUACAACUUGCUUGACUAUAAUUUCAGAUUUCUUUCCGAGCCGUGCUUAGUUUCGUGUAUGCUUUCUCUCUUUGCAUGAUCUUGGACUAUUAUGAUGCUUGUGUUUUCCAAGUGCUAACUGGUUGAAUGGUAGACGAGCACACAUCCAUACCUCGAAUAUGAUACUCUUCUGUUCUGCUCUGUUAUCGGCGCGACAGUCUUGC